CGCGCCCUGCCCUGGAGCCUGGUAUACGAGGUGGGCAACAAAGUGCAACCACAACCACUUGCAACGUGACCCUCCUCUCUCCAGAACAAAGGUAUAAAAAGACAAGACAGAGCACAAAACCAACCACCACCCAGCACUCCACACCAACGAACCCCACGCUCCAAACCCACCACCAAAAUGCACCCCAAACCCCUCCUCAUAACCGCGCUUGCGCUCCUGACCCCCCACGCCGCAUCAGCAGCCUGCGCCUCACCCAACGGCUGCUUCGAGCUCAGCGCCAUCGAGGUCUUCGAGCCGAGCAGCAGGCCCGGCCACAUCAUCCGCCGCUUUGGGUUCGAGGUCCUGGAGACGGGCUUUUCGGCUGAUAACGGGACGACGCGCUGCGAGGCGCAGUGGAGCCGGUUGGUGAGCGCGGGAUACCCGCAGAGCUAUGUAUGUGUGCCCGGGGCUGGGUGGGGUUGAGGGGCGAGGGGCGAGGGGUGAGGGGUGAGAAUUGACUGUGUGGCUUGCUAAUGUGGGUGUUGUGGCGUAGACGCCUUGCGAGGACGAUACGUGGAGUUGGUAUAUUUCUCGCUGGGAGAACUACAAGGAUUUGGAUGUGGAGUUGAGGCAUGUGUAUGAGGAGGUGGAGA